CCGUGGCGGCGGUAGUGGGGGGUGCAGCUCCGCUCGGGCUCGGCUAGGCUCGGCUCGGCCAUGGACCGGCAGCGGGUCUCGGGCGCGCAGGUACCGGAGGCAGUGACCUAUCUGUGACACCAGCGGGAGCCCAGAAGCAGAGCACCAGCCAGGCCCGUGGGACGCGCAGCUCCACCUUGGACUCCCUGGUCGAGCACAGCAGAGCCCUUCCCUGGUGCAGCGAUGCCCAUCCUCAAGCAACUCGUCUCCAACUCUGCCCACUCCAAGCGGCGCUCGCGGGCCGACCUGACGGCCGAGAUGAUCAGCGCGCCCUUGGGGGACUUCCGCCACACCAUGCACGUGGGGCGGGCGGGGGAUGCCUUUGGGGACACAUCUUUCCUCACCAGCAAGGCCGGGGAGCCAGGGCCGGAGGUGUGCGAGGAGCCGGGUGCCUCCAAGCCCAGCCUGCUGUCCCGCCGCUUCCGCAGCAGCAAGCGCUCGCAGUCGGUGACCCGAGGUGACCGCCGGGACAUGCUGGGCUCGCUGCGGGACUCGGCACUCUUCGUGAAGAAUGCGGUCUCCCUGCCCCAGCUCAAUGAGAAGGAGGUGGACAGGAGUGCAGGGCAGCUGCCCAAGAGCCUCUCCUCCAGCCCUGUCAAGAAGCUCCCCGAGGAGAUGAGCCCUGAAGAGCAGCAGUGUGCGAACGGGGCGGCCGCCGGGCCCCUGAGCCCCAGCUUGGAUGAGCGAGAUUUCGGGGACAUCACGGACCUGCCCGUCAUGGUGGCCAAGAGUGGGGCAGGCAUGAAGCAUGCCGAGUCCAUCAUGUCCUUCCACAUCGACCUGGGGCCCUCCAUGCUUGGGGAUGUCCUGAGCAUCAUGGAUAAGGAGCAGUGGGAGCAGGAUGAAGAUCCCGAGGGAGAGGACAGCCAGGAUGAGGAGGCAGAUGCCACCUUGCCAGGCUCCCCAGCGCUAGCAGCUGUGCCAAGCCAGAGCCCAUCUCGUGGCACCGGCGGCUGCUGCCCCAGGGACAGCACUUCGGUGUCCAGCUGCACCUCGGGGCCAGAGGAGCGCAGCCCCAUCCCCAGGCCACCAAUCCAGCAAGGAGGUCCCACGAAACGCCCCGACAAGGAGUUCUCAUUCGCCGAUGAAGAUGAUGAUGAGAUCAGAGUAUAAAAGGCAGGCAGCUGAGCCAAGGGGUCUGGUUCUUGUUUGCGGUUGCUUGGACACAGAGCCAAACACCCUGGUGCUGCAACGGGUGGCACUGGGGAAGACUCAACUCUUACCUUGUUCCCUCUCCCCAUCCGAUGGAGGACGUGCUGCAGCAGGACAGCAUUCUGCUCCCAGGGCUGGGGGCAGUCCUGAAGGUGUUUUGGCCCCCAGAGACCUCUAGCACAUUCCAGGAGAGGAAAGCAGACUUGAUUUUGGUUCUUUCUGUUGGACUUUGGAUAUUAGCUCUUCUCUUUUCUACUCCCUGCCCAUGUAAAGCAAUAUAGGAUCAAACAAGAUGAGGCUUCCAACUUGUAGCCCCUUUAGUAAUAUAUUAUUUGUCGUUUGUUUGGCUUUUUCCCCUGAUGUAUGGUUUUUACUGCUCUCUGAUUUGUACUUAACUUUCUUUACUCUUGCUUUUGGUUAUCAUGGAGGGGAGAUUUCCCAUGAGGAAGGACUUGGCUC